AUGGCCAUGCAUACGGCCAACACCAACCUUGCCUACGGCGGGUAUGCACGGCUCCCGGAUCUCUCAGCGGUCGGCGGCAUGGCGGGCGAAGCGACGCGGAUCCUACUCCAAGACGUCGAGAAGCGAGAGCGCAAGCGACAGCAAAACCGCAUUGCCCAGAGGAAUUAUCGCCGCAACCAGAAACAACGAAUCCAAGCGCUCGAAGCAGCCCUGGGCCAGCUCGAGCCCCUCGAUCCGGCCUGCACGCUCGCUUCGCCGGCUACAUCUAGCACCGACACCUUUGAGCUUCCGUCCACAAGUCCGCCCACAGCGUCCACCAUGACCCUACAGCCAUCAAAUCCAACCACCUCGCCCUGUGACGACCAUGCUCUCUGGUCCCUCGACAAUGCCUGGAAGCCUCAACCGCAACCACAGCUCCAACAACAACCUCAAGCUCAACAACACCCCCAACCCAUCACUCCCUUAACCCCAACACCCACAACCACCGACAUGCUCCCAACAACAACACCCCCACCACCAUCAUCACAACCACAAACGCUCACAACCUCCGCUACAACAGGAACAACAUCCCCCACAGGACCACCACCCAUAGCCGGAGAAACUCCCCGCAGCCCUCUCCAACUAGCCCUUCUACACAACCACACCCCCAUAAUCCGCCUUCUCCUCGAUCGCGGCGCGGACCCAUCCAAACCGGACCUUCACCCGUCCAGCCAAGGGUCCGCACCACUCCACAUCGCAGCGGAACGGGGAUCGGAGAGCUUGACGGCGCUGUUGUUGGAAAAGGGGGCUGAUGUUGAAGGCCGAGAUGGACGAGGGAGGACGGCGCUUAUGAGGGCCGUGAUGGGACCUUCGUUAUCUAUUUCUAACGACGAGGGGAGGUGUCCGUGUGGGGGGUAUAGAGGUAACAAUGAUGACACAGAUGGGAGUAGGGAAGAGAACAGAGAAGGCGUGGUGCGGUUGUUGCUGGAGGCGUCGGCGGAUGUGAAUGCGAGGGAUGCACGGGGGAAGAUGGCGCUGCAUUGGGCGGUGGAGAGCGGGUUGGAGGGUCUGGUGGUGUUGUUGUUGCAGUAUGGGGCGGAUGUUGAUGCAUGA